AUGACGAUGCGUCUCGCUGCUCUCGUCGCCAUCGGCGCGCUCGUCGACGGCCUCGUCGCCGCCUACGGGCCCGAGGUCGCGACGCCGGCCGUGGCGCUCGUCGCCGCGACGGCCGACGAGCUCGAGGCGCUCCGGGCCGCGGCGGGGGGGGCGCCGGGCGCCGCGGACGCCGCCGCGGGCCGCGCGUCCCUCGCCGCCGCGCUCGCGGCCGUCGUCGACGCGGGGGCCGCGACGGUCGGGGACCGCCCGGGCGCGGCCCGGGCGUCGAGCGCGGGCGAGCUCUCCGCGGGGCCGGCGCCCGCGGCCGCGCGCCGCGGCAUCGGCGCCGCGUCCGGCGUGCCCUUCGAGCCGACGCUCUCCGUCGCCCUCGUCGACGCCUUCGACCAGCUCGUCGCCUUCCUCCUGGCCGUGUCGCGCGACUGCCCCGAGGGCUACCGGGAGUCGUCGCGCCGGGGCACGCUCUACUGCGAGCCCUGCACGGCGGGCGAGUACUGGGCCGGCGGCGGCUGCCUCGACUGCCCCCGGGGCGCGCGCUGCGCCGUCGGCGCGACGGUCGGGACGCUGGAGAUCACGCGGGGCUACUGGCGCAGCGGCGAGCGCUCGGACCGCGUCGAGGCCUGCUUCCGGCGGCGGUCCUGCGUCGGCGGCGGCGCGUGCGCCGAGGGCUACCUCGGCCCCCUCUGCAACGCGUGCAGCGACGGCUUCCACGCCGUGCCCUGGCGGACGACCGUCGGCGCGCUCGACUGCGCGCGGUGCCCGGGCCCGCUGCCGACGGCGGCGGCGGCGUGCCUCGUCGGUUUUCUCGUGGUCGCCGCGGCCCUCGCGGGGCGCGCCUACGUGGCCACGGGCCUCGAGUCCGCGAGGAGGCGCGUGAGGGGCCUCGUCGCGCCGCGCUUCGCGGGCGACUGGGCCGCGCCGACGUCGUGGCUCAAGAUCGUCUGGGCGACGUACCAGAUCGUGAGCCAGAGCGACUGGGCGACGAACACGGCCUACCCGCCGCCCUUUGCGUACUCGAACGCGGUGCUGUCCGUCGUCGAGCUCGACGUCGCCGCGAUGACGUCGUUCGCGUGCACGCUCGACUUCGACGCGCUGGACCGCAUGGUCCUCGCGGCCGUGGCGCCGUCGUUCGGGCUGGCGCUCCUGUUGCUCGCGGGCCGCGUGCUGCCCCUGGGCGGCGACCAGCGGCGGCGCCUCGCGUCGCUCGUGCUCCUCGUGACGUUCGCGACGCUGCCCACGGUGUCGACGCCCGCGUUCCGGACCUUCCCCUGCCGCGACUUCGACGGGGGCAUCCGGGUCCUCGAGGCGGACUACGGCGUGUCCUGCCGCGGCCGGCGCUACGGCCUCUUCCGCCUCUUCGCGGCCGUCGUCGUCGCGCUCUGGCCCGUGGGCGUGCCCCUGUCCAUCUUCGUCUACCUCCGGCGGCGGCGCCGGGCGCUGGACCCGACGGCCUACGCGGCGGACGCCCUCGAGGCCGACGCGCUGAGCCGCGCGCGGUCCGACGACGCGGACCUCGCCGCGUCCGCGUUCCUCUGGGCGUCCUACCGGCCGCCGACGUACUACUGGGAGUGCGUCGACAUGGGCCGCCGCGUGCUGCUCACGGGCGGCGUCGUCUUCGCGGGGUCCGACGCGACGCGCUGCUUCGCGGGCCUGGCCAUCGCGCUCGCGUUCCUGUUGCUCAUCGAGACGGCCGCGCCGUACGCGGACCCGGGCUCGAACGCGCUCGGCGUCGCGGGCGCGUGGCAGGUCGCGUGCUCCUUCCUGAUCCUGUUCCUGUGCUCGACGCGGUUCUUGGACGUGCCGCGGGUCCUGCUCGGCUUCGUGGCGCUCGUGGCGAACCUGGCCGUGCUCGCGGGCCUGUCGCUGUCGCGCUACCUCGAGGAGCAGCGGAAGCGGCGCGUGGAGGCGGACGCGUUCGAGGCGUCCUUCCGCGAGUGCGAGCUCGACUACGACCGCAUGAUGCAGAACGACAUCAUCGACCGGCUCCUGGCGGAGCGCCGGGGCGGCGCGCCGGCGCCGGAGUCGCGCGGGUCGUCGCCGCGCGGCGCGCCGUCGCCGCGGCGGCCGCGCGCGCGGCCGUUCGCGGCGCUCGAGGGGCGCCUGGGCAUCGUCGAGCUCGCCGACGACCCGUCGCCGCGGUCCGCGGGCUCCUUCGAGGCGUCGCCGAGCUCGACGGCGCGGCUGCCCACGGCGCCGAGCAGCUGCGGCGAGCCGACGCCGCCGGGCUCGUCGCGCGUCGCGACGCCCCCGCCCAAGGACGUCGACGGCGACAUGGCCUGGCUCGCGCGGCGGCCCUACGAGGCCCUCGAGAUCGCGGCGCCGGAGCCGGCGCCGCCGCGCGGGGGGCUGCGCGCGGCCGCGCGCGCGCUGCGGACGAAGACGCUCCGCGUCUGCGCGAGCCCCGUCGCGGCGGGCGCGGGCCGCCUCUACGAGCGCGUCGAGCCGCGGCUCUUCGGGUCCGCGGAGCUGCGCAUCAGCCCCCUCGUCGCCCACUACCCCUGCUACGUCGUGUCGCUGUCGCGGCUCCGGACGCUCGGGCGCCUCGUGAGCCACGACUGCGCGAAGCGCCUCGGCCUCCUCGAGGAGCUCACGGCGACGUCGCGGAGCCCCCACAGCGCCGCGUCCUUCUUCGUGAGCCACGAGUGGGAGGGCGCGGACCACCCGGACAACCACGCCAAUACGAAGCUCCGCUGGCUCCAGUCGCUCGACCGCCACGUCGGCGUGGGCCACGCGGAGGUCUGGAUCUGGCUCGACUACCUGUGCGUGCCCCAGGAGCCGGGCGCGAAGCGGCGGCGGGCCCUGGCGUCGCUCUGCUGCUACGCGAAUCUGUGCUCGCGCUUCGUGCCCCUCGUGCGGUCGCCGGCGGCCUGGGCGCGGCUCUACGGCCAGGACGCGGAGCCGCCGGGGGCGCUGCCGGGCACGCUCCACAGCUACCUCGCGCGGGCCUGGAGCCGCCUCGAGCUCUGCGCCGCGCUCAGCCCCAAGUACGGCCGCGGCGGCGCGGGCUGGCGGCCCGGGCCGCGGAACGUGCGCUUCCGGUGCCACGAGGAUCCCGCGUCGCCCGGCGUGGGGCCCCGCGUGACGACGAAGCACCUGCUGCCGCCCCUCGCGGGCGUCUUCGACCGGGGCGACGACCGCGUGCUCGCCGCGCGCCUCGUGGCGGCGCUGGGGCGCAUCUUCGAGGAGUGCCGCCUCCAGUUCGAGGCCGCGGAGCGCCGGGGCCGCGCGCGGAGCCCGCGGAACCCGCUGCGGGCCGUGGACCUCGGCGGGCCCGACGCGGGCGCCGUGCCGCGCUGGCUCCUCGGCGCGGCGACGGGCCGCGCGGCCAUGCCGACCUUCGUCGACUACGGCGCCGGCGCCGGCGCGGACGCCGCGGACGCGGACGAGGCCGGCGUCGAGGUCGACGUCGGCGAGUUCGCGGGCGACGCCCAGGCGAGCGAGACCCUGCUCCAGGGCUACCUGGGGCUGCCCGUGCGCGACCUCGAGGCGCUGCCGCUCUUCGCGCUGGGCCUCGACGGCGCGGGCCGCGUCGCGUUCGCGUCGCGCGGCGCGCGGUCCGCCGCGGCCGUGCGGCGCGGCGCGGCGCUCGACGACCUCGAGUUCCGGUCCGCGGGCGACCUGGGCCACGCGCGGCGCGAGAUCCGGCGCGUCGUCGAGACCGCGCGCGCGCCGCGGCCCUUCACGCUCUGGCUCCGGCGGCCCGGCGGCGGCGACUUCGCGUCCGUCGUCGCGGCGACGGUCGACGCGCGGGCCUACGAGGACGCGCGGUCCGCCGUGCUCGUGGCCAUGAACGCGCGGCAGCGGUUCCGCGAGGCCAAGGCCGAACUCCGCGCGUCCGCGGCGGGCGCGCGCGCGCGCGACGACGCGCGGCGCCUCGCGGCGGAGGCGCGGCUCCACGAGGCGCACCUCGAGUACUCCGCGUCCAAGGCGUCGCUGCGGGGCACGGCGGCCCUCGAGACCUUCCUCCGGGGCAAGCGCGAGCGCCGCGCGCUCCGCGGCCUCGGCAUCUUCGACGACCGCUGGCCCCGGCUCUACGCGCGCCUGCGGCUCGUCGAGAUCGGCCGCGCCGACGCCGGCUCCGUGCUCUCGCUCCUCCCGAGGGACAUCGCCCUCUACCUCCUCGAGUUCCUCCUCAUGCGCCCGGGCGACCUCGGCGUCGCCCGCGCGCGCGCGCCGCGGCCGCGCGGCUCGCCGCGCGACGCGCUCGUGCACCCCGCGUGA